UCAAGGGAACUGGGCGGUGCCUGGGCGAGCGGGAAGGAGUGCGAGAAGGGUGUUUGCCAGUCUGCAGAGACUUCAAGCGUAAACCUCGUUGAACUUCCAGAUCACUGCCCCUGUUCCACACGGUGCCCCUGUACCCGAAGGCCAUGGGUCGGAUCUCGGGCCUUGUGCCCUCUCGCUUUCUGACGCUCCUGGCGCACCUGGUAGUCGUUAUCACCUUAUUCUGGUCCCGGGACAGCAACAUCCUGGCUUGCCUGCCUCUCAGGUUCACCCCUGAGGAGUAUAAGAAGCAAGACAUUCUGCUGUUAACAGCACUUUCUGUCACCCUGGGCCUCUUUGCAGUGGAGCUGGCCGGUUUCCUCUCAGGAGUUUCCAUGUUCAACAGCACUCAGAGUCUCAUCUCCAUCGGGGCUCACUGUAGUGCUUCUGUGGCCCUAUCCUUCUUCAUAUUCGAGCGCUGGGAGUGUACUACGUACUGGUACAUUUUUGCCUUCUGCAGUGCCCUCCCAGCUGUCACUGAAAUGGCAUUAUUCGUCGCUGUUUUGGGGCUGAAAAAGAAACCUUUCUGAUCAUCUUCAUGGGAGGAAGAUGGCGGUGGAAGAAAGUGGGCGGGGAUAUGUAAAUAAGGCUGCGCCUAGCACGACGUGAGCGAGGCAUCCUGGGAAGGAAUUUGUUUCUCCAUUUUUGGCAGCUGAGUGGAAAAUAAAUUAUUUUAAAGGUUUACGAAUAAAUGGUGCAUUAGAGAUGGAAGAACGCUAAGUGACUGAGUUGUUCAGACUAACACGUAAUAUAAUCACCCUAUCUUUUAGUGGAAUCUUUUCUACUGAGUCGGGAGCAGCAGCACUUUUACUUUAUCGUCAGGUGGGAUAAUCCUUACCUGUUUCUCCGUUUGGAGAACAGCUAGAAUAUGAUGAUUGGAGUAUGCAUGAUGCGUGAUUAACGUUUAUGCGUAAUCAGGGCUUGCAACACUCUGAUUGCUCCUAUCUGAUUCUUUC